UCAAACAUUUCAUUCAUGUGUCUGCCUCUGAUCCACAUUGACGCGCGUUAAGUUACAGGACGGUUCUUAGCCCAGCUGUCCAGUGCAGAAUGGGUUAUGUUAUCAAGUGUUCGACACUGUGUUUGAUUGGUGUUAUCCUCGCACACGUGUCUGGAGGCCGGCCAUCCACGCCCUUCAUUAAGAACGUGUACAGAGGAGGUGAGCACUUCGAAGGUCCUCACUGGUCAGUCGUAGAGAGCGCUCUGUACUGGGUGGACAUAUCGGGUCAGACAUUGUAUCGACUGGACGCCGCGUCAGGAAAUGUUACGUCGAGAGAGAUCGCAUACGGCCCCGUGUCCCUGGUAGUGACAGUAAAAGACUACCCUAAUCUAGUUCUCCUAUCAUCACGGGCUGAACUGUACUUCCUUUCAUGGGACGCGGAGGAAGGUGACAGCGGCUUGCGACUGCUGACCGCAGUGGACAUCGGGAAGCCAGAUAAUCGCAUCAAUGAUGGCAAAGUCGAUUCACAAGGCAGGCUGUGGUUUGGCACUAUGGGUAAAGAAGCCGACGGAAAUGUCGACGAGAACCAAGGGACACUCUACACGCUGACGAAGGACAACUACAUAAACCCUGAAGUAAAGGUCCGCCCGGUGUCCGUCUCAAACGGCAUCGCGUGGACGUCUGACGACUCCUACAUGUUCUACAUCGACUCGCCCACGAGAAACAUCGACGUCUUCGAUUAUGAACUCGAUUCUGGAGUGAUCCGUAACCGAAGAACACUGUUCAGCUUCAAGGCCAAUAAUAUCACUGGUGUGCCAGAUGGUAUGACAAUAGAUUGCGAGGGUAAUCUUUGGAUCGCUUGCUUUAAUGGAGGGAAGGUAAUUAAAGUAGAUUCGAGAGGAGGAAAACUUCUCGAGCAACACAAGCUGCCUGCAAGUAAAGUGACAUCAGUGGUUUGGGGUGGAAACGACUUAUCAACACUGUUCGUGACAACAAGCCGAAGGGACCUUAACAGUGUACAACUAGCACAAGAACCAGAAGCUGGCUCACUGUUCGCUAUUGAAGGCACAGGAGUUAAAGGAUUACCAAGCAACCAGUUUGUUUAUCCAAACGCUGACAAAUAUUGAGAAAUAAAAAAAUAGUUUUGUCGUAUGUUAAUAAUUUUAAAUUAUAUAUUACAUUGUUUAUCAUUUCCAGAGUAAUAGACAUCCCAGAUAUUGUAAUUUAUUUAAUUUGUAAUAUUUUUAAAAAGUGUUUUAUAUAAUUAAAUUAUAUUCUAUUGUA